AUGGACUCGAAAGAGAAUGGAGGAGGCGGCCGCGAGGCAACGAAGGCUUUCUCGGAUGAGUCUGAUAAAGAUGCACCUGAUCCGGAGGAAGGUGAUUUGGACGACCUGGAUGACAUGCUCGAUGAGUUCUCCACAGCAAAAGCCAGCCAGUUCCAAGAUCCUAACUCCGAGCCCAUCCCACAUCCAUCUGAUAAGGAGACGCCAAGUGAGAGUGCUGCCGAGACGAACGCCUUCAGCGAGGAUCUGCAAGAACAAAUGGCUGCACUUUUAGGCGAAAGGAACAAAUCGCCAGAGGUAGAACAAGGGCUCGAAGCCAUGAUGAGAAGUUUGGGCUCCGCCAACAAUGCCAGCGAACCUUCUAUCAGCGACAAGACACCCCUGAAUGCAGAAGAAUCGUUCCGAGACACCAUUCGUAAAACGAUGGAAAGAAUGCAGACGUCAAGCGAUCAAGCCGGCUCAGCCGGGCACGGAGAUGGAACCGAUGACUUCAUGGGUCAGAUGCUCAAGGAGUUGUCGGGUGGUGAAGUGCCUGCCGAUGGAAAUGAAGAGGGCUUUAACAAGAUGCUGCUAGGGAUGAUGGAGCAGUUGACGAAUAAGGAAAUUCUUUACGAUCCAAUGAAGGAGCUGCACGACAAAUUUCCGUCGUGGAUCGAAAGAAACCAUAAUAACAUUGACCCCCGGGACAUGAAGAAUUUUUACGAGCAGCAGAAGCUUGUUGGUGAAAUCGUAGAGAGAUUCGAGCGACGAACAUAUUCAGACUCUAAUACUGCAGACCGUGAAUUCAUCGUAGACCGAAUGCAGCAAAUGCAAGCUGCGGGAAGCCCUCCGGCAGAUUUAGUUGGCGAUAUGGACGCUGCAGAUACUCUGAACAGUAUCGAUACUGGUUGUGCUCAGCAGUAA